CCGCUCCUGUAACCGUAGCCCGCCAGGGUUAUGGGGCUAUUGUGAGGGCUUUGUUUAGCUGCUGACAGCUCCGGGGGAAGAGCAUGCAAGGGUUGCAAACGUUUUCAUUCCGUCUGUGCUUCUUUGGCUUGCAGACAAUAGGAGUGGGCGGCCGGGUGGAGGUAGUGGGCUGACUUUGGUGGAGGACAGAGCAGGAGGUGUGGUACCCCGCUCCUGAAUGCUCCUGACAGCAGAAAAGGGGGUGCUGUCUCUUAGGAAGGCUGGAAUGACAUCAUGCCUGGGCUUUCAUUUUGGGCGCUCCUCUGGAUGUGAAUGCAGCCUGUUGAUUAUGCGGAUGUGGAAAGCAGGCUAAGCGGAUCCGAUAACCUGUCAUCCAAGAUGCAUCCUUUCCCUUGCUCAGCCCUGCUCGCCUGCUUUGGAAACACACACGAAAACACUCCGUUCGACCAGCCCAACGCAAGCCCUCUAGCCAUGGAGGAGGAGGAGACCAAGGGGACCUCAGCAGUGUGCCUGCAGCCACCUGUGACAGCAGCCAGCAGCACCAAGCACAGGGGAGAGAAGGCCAGCGAGAAGAUGUUCAAAGUCAGCAGAUACUCUGCAAAACACAUCCGUGCGAGCAGCGGUUCUAGCAAUCACACUGCUGCCCAGCCGAUGUCUGCUACCACAGAGUCAUCGGUGUUUGCUGCUAACGAGCUAAGCCAUGAGGUUAUUGCGCUCUGCACUCACAUCCCCAGACCAUCCAUCAUCCACGUGCCAAAGGAAGAAGAUGAAGAAGAAGGAGAAGAGUCACAGAAGGAGUUGGAUUUGCCAGUCUUGGAGAAUGAGCCCUUACCAGAUACUGUGAAUAAGGACACUGAACCCAAAGAUCCAUAUCCCAUUCCAAGAAAGAUUAUGGCUGAACCAGACUACAUAGAUGAUGACAAUCCUGAAUUAAUUAGACCCCAGAAAUUAAUUAAUCCUGUGAAAUCAUCCCGGAAUCAUCAAGAUCUCCACAGAGAGCUGCUGAUGAAUCAGAAAAGGGGUCUUGCACCUCAGAACAAACCAGAGCUACAGAAGGUGAUGGAGAAAAGGAAACGAGAUCAAGUUAUUAAACAACAAAAAGAAGAGGAGGCACAAAAGAAGAAAUCGGACCUGGAAAUAGAGCUACUGAAACGGCAGCAGAAACUGGAGCAGCUGGAACUAGAGCAACAGAAGAUACAGGAAGAGCAGGAAAACGCACCUGAAUUUGUCAAAGUCAAGGGCAACCUGAGGAGGACGGUCCAGGACGCUACAGAAGCACCAGACUCCUAGAGCCGGUGCCCGCUAAGACUCGCAGCUUUCCUGCAGAGAGAGGCUUUUGCAAGUUGUCUCAGAUUUGCCCCUCAAGAGGGAAGAUAACAGCAUCCAGCUGACACUUACUGAAGAUGAGUUUUUGAAUUUCUGAGGCGCGUGGGUUAAAAAGACAAGUACCAUAAACAGAUUGACUUGCCAAAUGCAGUCCUGAGAUCGCUGGAUAAGGAGUCUGUCUGUCAGUUCCGUGUCAGGGACCAGCAUCAUGUGCUUACUCAGAGAUUUUAACCAGGGAUACUAGAGAAACUCCUUCAGUGUUGCACUGCUUUAUCUCUUGUGAUCCUAGUGUAGUGGAGAUAACACAGAUUAUAUUUUGCUUUAAAACAGAACAAAAUUUCUCCUGUGGUUUCUGAAGAAGCUUUGCUGUGCAGGUAUAUUUCCUCCAUCUAGGCCUACAGCUUGUGCAUAUUACACAAUAAUUUGUGCUUACUUGGAUUUUUUUAUCAAAUCUGGGAGGAUACAAGGUAUGUUGAUCACUGCUGCCCAUCCCCACUAGGAUAGACAGGUGUGAGCAAACUGAGAAUACUUAAACUUCACCAGCAAUGAACAGUCAAGCAGCCUUAAAGCCUCGUUCUCCCUGUUUUACGUAUAGAAUUUGGGCUAUGGAAAGAGCAGAAACACGAUCCUCUCACCAGAGAGAACCCAGAAGCUGAUUUAUCUCUGUCUGUAAACUUACAACCUUGUGAACAGGCCUGUGCAGUGCUACCUGUGAGUUUACCUCUGUCUCUUAAUGCAAAAUGACCUGUCUUCUACUACUUUGUGUUUUGAAAUCCUGCUUCCUUUACUGUUGUGGCCUUUCUUCUCUGAGGACAUGCUGAUCUGCUUGCAGUGCUAACACAUUACUUGGGAGUGUUUAAACUCACUUGCUGGAACUGAAACAGGAAUCUCAUCUGCUAUCAGUUCCUUGCAGGAGCUUGCUGUGGCUCCUGCAACAGAGCAGUGUUUAAGCCAGACCAAACUGAUCAUUGGGAUCUACUGAAAUGGAUCUUUUUCUCUAAAGUGAGGCAUAAUAUGAAAUUCAUUUUAUCCUGUCCUUCCUUUAGCCUCAAGAAAGGAGGGAAGUGUGUUACCACUGAGUCUUAGGGUCCCAUUCUGUCACCUUUUGCCUUUCCACGAGUUGCCCCUGCGACUUGCCAUUAAAUAGAAUAUUGCUCAGCUUGCACGGGGAUGACAGAAUCUGAUCCUUUAUGCUUAUGACUACUAGUUAUCCAGGGAAGCCUGGGAUGAGGAGAGGGGAACAGAUUACUCAUGUAGGAUUCCAGGACUGGAUUCUUACCUGGUGUGAAUGGGUGCAGAUAUCUUAUUUUCAGAAGCUGGGGAGAAAUCCUGAUCGUCCUUGGCCAGCACAGCCCCAGCUCUCACUGAAGCUGUGUUCACCCAUAUCAGCUGAGGAUCUGAUCCCUAGUCUUUGCCUUAGGUUGCUAUUUCUACGUUGUAAUUAUAUUGGACAUAGCUGUUCAAAACCACUUCUUAUUAAUAUCAACAGUGGCGUGUUUGUAUUGUAAAGGUGGUGGGGGAGGGUUCGUUGGUUUGGUUUUUAGUUCCUUCUGCCUUUCCUGUAAGUAUUGGAUGUUUUAAAUACAAUUUCAGCAUAGCACUUGGGCAAAGUGGUCACAAUUAGAAAUGUUUCCUAGAUACAGACUUCAAUUUGUCAAGAUUCCGGCAUUUUUCAUGAGGACAUAAUCAGAUUGAGAGUAGAUUGAAUUGUGAUAAGUGUAUUGCCAUUGAUUUGGACUUGCAGUGUGACUGACGUCUGGAAGAUUAAAUGUGAAGAUGGUCUACCAGACUCUUCAGAUUAUGGACAUACGAAAGACAAAGGCCAAACGUAAGACACUUCCGUGUAUUUUCUCAACAAAGGAGCACCCUGAGUGCUGCAGGUUCUUCCCUCUCUCCUUUCCUUCUUCUGGAAGGAGAGGAUCUUCCUUUCUGGCAGCAAAUUAUUCAAACACUUGCACUGAUUUUGUUUUAUCUCGUUAAGAGAGCACUAUGUAUGAGCCUUCCGCGCCACGCUCAUGUUUUAUCUGAGCUGUUCCCAGCCUAACAAACUUCACACUCUUGGUUUCCACUCUACAAUUAACCUUCUGCUCAGUAUGGAAAUGUGUAGAAAUUGGUGAGGAAACCAUUCUCUGGCUUGAGCAGACCGUUUCUUCUCAGCCAUUUCCCUGUGGUGAACGUGGCCAGUGCGGCCAAGUUGGCGUAAUCCAAAAGGCACGGGAGGCAGUGGGGGAUGAGGACCCCUCUUUGGCUUCAGUGGGUGUUGGGUUGGGCCCUCCAAGGCUGAAGACCUUCUACUUUCUCUCCAUGCCAGCUUGUGAUUCAGGGUAGAGCUCAUUCUGAAACACAGGAGGCCAGAAAACUCCCUUGUACAUACGGUGUGAAGUAGGUUUUUGUUUCCAGUUGGAAUUAAUUCUCUGUGUGAACAGAUCAUCAACGUGUGUGUUAGAACAUCUCGCAAUUCCACUGCCCCUUUAGUCUAGCAAUUCCAGCCACCUUUUUUGUCGAUUUGACGGGCAAAAGCUUGUCUUUUAAGUCAGGAUUGGGCUAGAAUGGGCAAUGCUUAAAUGGGUGGUCCGCUCAUCACGCCACAAGCGUCCCGUGCGGCUACUCGAGUAAGAAACUGCUUGUCAGGGAGCAGAAGCAAUUCCUGAUCGACCUUUAGCUGUGUGGGUUUUGAAGCAACCGAUUUGAGGCAAAUACUUCAGUGAUUUGAAAAUGGCUCACUUACCACUUUGUACUUUUUUAAAACUCUUGCUUUUGAUAGGAUAGUAAAUUUUUUAGCAUUUUUGUGGCUUUAACCUUCUGUUAAUAUCUGCACUUGGUUGAGUGUACAUAUAUAAAUAUAUAUAAAUAUAAAAAGGGAGCCUUAAUGGAUUUGUUUUCAUAAUUUAAUAUUUUUUGUAUUUGCUCUUGUAUAAUUGUUUUUAACUAAAGGUAUUACGAGAGUGAGGGUGAAAUACUUAGAACCAAAGUUAUGCUUAAUAAAAUCUGCUACAUGCUUGGCA